CGGCAUUGAUGGACCUCGCUCUCCACGGCUUCUUUUCUCCUCUCCCAGUCUCUGUCUCAUUUCUGGUCCUUAUCUGGCCUAUCAUAGUAAGAGGUCAGUAUGUUUUCCACACUUGGAUAAUCUCAUUCAAGAAUUUUUGUCAAUGGACAAGUCAUAAGGAGCCCUUCCAUUUUAGGGCUCGUUGACGUCACCAAGGAGGCGAUAAAUAUCUGUUGAUAUAAUUGGAUGUGAGAUUCAGUGUUGAAAUAGCAGAACUCUGUCCCUCGCUCCUUGGCAGGGCCCUAUGAUUUAUGCAGGAGCAGAGGCAGCACGCAAUCGAGCUGUCAAGAGAGCGUCAGCUUAUUAGGCAAAUGCUGCGUGCUUUCUGAAGAGGGUCGACGUUAUAAAAUCUCACUCCAGGCUCUGGUGUGGAGAAACUGAGAGCACAAGUACGUUGAGAGACUGAAGAGAAAGGGAAGAGGCAACGGAAGGGAGAAGAAAAAGGAGAGGAGGGAGAAGAGAAAGGAGAAGAGGAAGAGAUCCUGCAAGAGACGUUCCGGGAGAGGUCCCUCUACAGAGGCAGCAGCGCGGGCUCACCUGCCAAGGAAGGAGAAGCGAGCGCCCCUAACAUGCGGCUGCGGCUACUGGUGUCCGCGGGCUUCCUGCUGGUGGCUUUGUCGCCCAGCCCUCCAUGCAGGGCCCUGCUGAGCAGGGGACCAGUCCCCGGCGUCCCGCGAUCCCCGCAGCCCCUGAAUUUCCUACAGCCAGAACAGCCCCAGCAGCCUCAGCCGGUUCUGAUCCGCAUGGGAGAAGAAUACUUCCUCCGCCUGGGGAAUCUCAACAGGAGCCCCGCUGCUCGGCUGUUGCCUGACUCCUCGCCCUUCUCAGCGGUUCGCGGCAGCCGCCCCUCGCACGACCCAGCAGCCGCUAACUUUUUCCGCGUGUUGCUGCAGCAGCUGCAGAUGCCUCAGCGCUCGCUCGACAGCCGCGCGGGGCCGGCGGAGCGCGGCGCCGAGGACACCGUCGGCGGCCACCAGGAGGCGCUGGAGAGGGAGAGGCGGUCCGAGGAGCCGCCCAUCUCUCUGGAUCUCACCUUCCACCUUCUGCGCGAAGUCUUGGAGAUGGCCAGGGCAGAGCAGUUAGCACAGCAAGCUCACAGCAACAGGAAACUGAUGGAGAUUAUUGGGAAAUGAAAUGGUGUGUUUGGCCGAAACGAAUCUGCAUUUAGCACAAGAGUAAAAAUAAAAAGUUUAAAACAGUAUUCUGUACCAUAUCGCAGCUCUGAUAUCAUUUGUUUAUUUUUAUAUAGCUUGAAGCAGACUCUGUACAGGGAGACAGCCUAUACACCCCUUAGCAUGCACAAAGUGUAUUUCUGUGCAGUAGCAAAAUAGCGUUAUUUGAAUUGCCCGUGCUUAGUUUCCAUGUGCAAAUAAGUGUCUUUAUAGCAGUAUUUUAAGGAAAAUGUGGACUCAAGGGGGAAAGUUUUUUGAGAAGCAAAUGGAAGUUACCAGUUGUUUUGGGGGAUGGGGUCACAGCAGAAGAGAAUUCAUUCUCAAGGGGUGGCCAGGAAGAAAUGUGUAAGCUCUUCGAAUCAACUUUUUCUUGCAAAUGUUUCAAUAAUAAAACAGCUUUCCAAUCCUUGGUCAAUUUGGUUGUGUAAGAGAAUGUUGAAUAUUUAUAUUUUUUAAUAAAAUAUGCAAAGGUUA